AUGACGGAAAGAGGUAACAAUGAUUCGGUGCCGACGGUCACCGAACAGAUGAAAGAGGUAAUUGCCGAAGAAGUAGGGAAGGCAAUUGAGAGUAGUCUAUCCAGUUUCAUAGACAAAAAUCAAAAUACAGUGCUGUCGUUAGUUGAGGAGUGGGUUAAAAGGUUGGAUGACAAUGUUGACCCGAUAAUAUGCCAAAGAUGGCUAAGCGAUGUUGAAGGGGUAUUUGAGAGGACCCACUGCGACGUGAGCGAUUUUGUGGCUUACGGAACGGGUCAGUUGAGGGGUCAAGCCAAAGACUGGUGGGAUAACAAAAAGAAAGAGAUCGGAACUGAAGCGGCAAGGGCCAUGACAUGGGACGAGUUUAAGGUACCAUUCCUUAAACAUCACAGUCCCAAGGCGGUCAUUAACAGAAUCAAGGAGGAGUUCAUCCAGUUAAGGCAAAGGGGUGAAACGAUUGAUAAAAUCACGGGUAUAUUCAUGGCUAAGCUGAGCGCUGAGUAUCGGGAAUUCAUGACUCCUUCCAAGUAUGAGACGCUCACCGAGAUCAUAAAUACGGCUCGGGAAAGAGAAAUCGAACUUAAAAAGCAAAUAGAACGGGGUGAACGAAGGGUAGUGGAAGUUAACCCGAGCCCUACAAAGAAGGCUCGAACGACUGAGUCGGUGAAGAAGACGGAUGCGAAGGGUGGAUCGCCGAGUUGCAAAGUAUGUGGAAAGGGGCACAAGGGUGAGUGCCGCUUCAAAGACAAACCGUGUCCCAUAUGCGGGAAGACGGGGCACACCGCGUCGUUAUGUUCGGAAAAAGGUCUCCGUUUGCUACAAGUGUUACCAACCAGGCCAUAA